AUGGCCACAAAUUGUGAAUAUAUCGAAGAGAAUCUGACAAAUUCAAAAUGUCCUCCCCUCUCAAAUUCCGCCUCCUUGUCCUCAAUGACGCACGAGGAGAAACAGGAUAGUGCCGUGGAAAAAUCCCAAAGUAAAAGCUCCUUUUCGGAUAUGUCCUCGGAAAUGGGUAGUGGGGGGUAUUUGCGACAAAAUGGUACCUCACCAUUGCCAACAGCGAUGGCCCAUUUCCAUCUGCCCUCCAUAGGGGAUGAUGUCUUCGAGCAUGCCUUUGAUGCGUCCAUGGCUGAUUUGGAACACAAUGCUAAUGAUGGCUAUGAAUCGGAUUCGGAACCUUCACUAAGUGGUGAUGUGGGUGUAAUAGAAGCCACCAACAGCAACAUCCUCCAUCCAUCGAAUAGUGACAAUAUGACCUGCUCCACGGGUCUGGGUAGCGGAGUGCUGCACACCUUUCCGCGCAUGAAAUCAUUUGAAUAUCACAGCAGUGGUUCGGAAUCUUCAUCCGAGGAUGAGGGGGAGGACAAUGAAGAUGGCCCUCAAUUGGAAGGUGACAUCCAAGCGGCCUUAUCCCUUUCCGGGAAAUAUUAUACCCCUGACAUCUUUCAAAUGCGUCCGUACUUGAUGCCCUUUAUGGAACGUCGACGCCUCUCCCAGUGCAAGGAAGAGGAUGAAGAUGAUGGUGAAAAAUCGCCUCAACCCCAAAAUUCCGAUCAACCACCGAAAUUUGAGCGCAACAACAAACCAACCCCACCACCUCCCCCUCCCGUCAGUGACAAAGUCAACGCCGAAAAAUUCAAGGACCUGGAGAGGUUGCGGCAACAAUUCAUGCAUAAAAUCGAUAGCAUUAAUACGAACAAUGUGGAGGAUAUAAAGACAGUGACAGUGGCACCGGAGCUUAACUCGCCGCCACCACCACCUCCAAUACCACCCACCAUUCUUCCACCAGCCUUGAUAAAUCUACUGGAAUCGGCCAAAUCCACUUCCACCACGCUCAAGACCCCCAGCUCAACGCAAGCAACCUCAGCCACCUCUCCGCUUAGCUCCAAACCCCACAUGAAGGUAGAAGAAACUCCCACCUCCCCAACCACCAAUAAUGAACCACCCUCACCCUCCACCUUGAUUAUUAAGGGUAAGUUUACCGUUACCAAAGCCCAAGAGACCCCGGAGCUGCGUAGCGAGGCCGAUAAACUAAAACACCUAAAUGCCUCCACAAAUUCCCAAACCAUCAGCUUUCCCAGCAGUUUUGGUGGCUACAGCUCAGUGCAGGGUCUGUUCUCACAGCGUUAUGGUAGCAACAAAGUUCCGGGUACUGCUCAACCCCAUCUUUCCAAAGAAUUCUUUGAUAGUAGCCUGGUUGAGAUCAGGUCAUCCGCCGAAAGUACUUCUUCCCUCAAUGUCUGUGAUAAUAAUAGCAUAGGUAACAGCAGCACAACAACUCCGACAACCACAAAAUCCGCAACAUCUGCGGGAAGCACCACAACGACAAAACCCAGAUCCACAUCUUUAUCUGAAUAUUCACCUUCAUCGGCGAAAUAUCGUGAUUUUCCUCAUCUAGAUGAUGUCUGGAUCAAGAGACCGGCUUCGGAAUCAUCGUUGCCAAAGAAACAGUACUAUACCGAUGAUAGUGCUGCCGAAAGUGGCCGAACCACCGCCGUACAAUCGGAAGAUGAACAAGAUGCCCGGCUGCCGUCAUCAAGGCCCUCCAGUGCGCCGGCCGAACCAAAUGCCAAAGCGGCACGUAAAGCCUCCAAAAAGAUGAAAGAAGAAGCAAGACGUCAGGAAAAAGAAGCCAGCCGCCGUGAAAAAGAAGCCCGCAAAAUCGAACGUGAAACAGCACGCCGUCUCGAGCGUGAAGCCGCCAAAUUGGAAAAACUCAAUCGUAAUGCUGAGAAAAUAUCCCGCAGCACAGAACGUAUGGCUGUUACACCACGUUCCGGCUCUUUGGAGCGAAGGCGUAGCGGUGAAGAUUCCCCCGUGUUGAAUCAAUCCACAGUCCAUGGCAUAGCUAGUCCCAAUCGUCGACCUACAAUUUUUGAUGUUUUUCGUCCGCGUGCAAAAUCCGAUGCUAAAAAACAAAAACUUCUACUCGAUCCCUUGUCGGCUGCAGCAGCAGCCACGGGCAAUGAAAUGGGCAGUGCCAGUAGUACCCACUCGUCGGGUGGUGGUGCCGGUGGCGGUACUGGCGGCGGCGGCGUUAUGAAUUCCAUGAAAGUAGCUUUACAAAAUUCCGGCCUUAUUGGUGGUGGCAGCCAUCAUCAUAAACAACAUCCCGCCGUAACGAUAACCUCUGCCGAUGGCACCACCUCGGUAAAGAAUAAGUACAAAGAUGGUUCGGCACAUCCGCAUCAGGGCAGUGAUGCUCAAUAUUAUCACACAGUUACGGCCGUUCGUCGUGCCGAUGUUUCCCGUUCACCAAUGACCAAAGUAAUGGAUCUGUUUAGACAUCGUUCCAAUUCAGCAGCCUCGGAGGCAGAUAAACGUAAAGCG